AUACACCAAAAUAUAAACACGGGAAUUUUGACGUGGAAACCCAAAUCGGGAGAAAACCACGGGCCUUUUUUGGCGGUACCUUGCCAACGGGGGAUUUUAUUAACAUCGGGGGUGUGUACACGAUACAUGAAACGGGCUCGGAAGCCAUUAAUGGUGGAGCUACAAGCUCUUGAAGAAGAAAAUAUAUAAAGAUUCUAGAGAGAGAAAGUGUAAUGUGCAGGGGAGAGGGUGAGUUUUUCCCUCCUCAACAAAUAGGGCAACCCUCCCUUUUAUAGGAGAGGGUGAGAGCAUCUACGGAGGAAUAUUCUCUUAUUCCUCUAUUUUAUUAAACAGGCCCGGUUUAACUGUUCUUCGUAAAUAAUUGGGAAAUGUGGGCCGAGCCACGUAUUAUUUCCCAUCAAGAAGUCCUCCACUUUUUUGAAUUGUGAGAAUCAUCAACUUAAAAAAGUAAACAAGUCCUCCGAGUGUGAUCUUCAGUCUUCGUACUUUGAAUUCUUGACCGGUAGAUAUUAUUGCUAGUCCUCCGAGUCUUCAUUAAUUCUCUAAUUUCAUGAAUCAUAAGUUUUUUCCUGCAAAAAAUAAUUUGUACAACAUUUUGUUUUUGACCAGCCUAUGCCGUGCUCAAAAAUAAUUAUUUUUACCGAGGAGCUCAGUGUUAGAUGAUUAAGAUUCGCGCGAAUAAUUAUCGUAACGAGAGCGAUGUCAGUUUGAUAAAGCAACGAUGCUUCGAAAAGUUAUUUCGUCGAGGUCGGUGUUAAUACGAGUCAAGCAAACGAUGCGUGACGAAAUUAGUAUACCAAAGACAACGACCUUAGUUAAUAAGAAUUGAAUCCGACGCGGUAGCUUUGUUGAAGAUCAGUGUUAGCCCGGCUGACUGAUGUAAAUAUCUUCAUGUCUCGCGGAGACCAUCUUCGAUCAAAGUGCCUCAAAUUGAGGGCUUAAAUGAAUCGGGCGUCCCCGAUAUGAGCUUUGCUCACUUUUUUGCUGAAACCGAUGUGCAAUCGGUGUACCCAAUUCGAUUGGGCUCAGGCUUAUUGGAAAAUAUGUGUAAGACUGGUGUGAGACCAGUGUACCAGUUCGACUGGGUCACAUAUUUUCUUUAUUAUAAUGAGCAAUACCGGUGUAGUAACCAGCGUGCCAGGCCAGGCCUGUGUCUCAGUCUUCCAAUAAGAUAAUGCUGCUGGCCGGGCCAAAUCAACAUUGGAGAAUUAACCACGUCGGAUGGUUUCGAGCCCUCCCUAAGGCCCAAAAUGCACCCUUCUUCCAGGGCCCCCUCUUCCGGGUGAUUAAGUCUUUUAAUGGCCCUUUGAUAUUUACUAUCCCGGGAAGACCUUAGCUCACCCCCCCGUUCAAGUCUUCCCUGAGAAGGGGGAAAUAGGAUGCGCCACGGUGGACGAUCCCUUUUCUAUUUCUUUUAAUCCCUAAUUAGUUUGCCAGUCUCUACUGAUUCCCCGACCGGUCAAACCUCAUGGGCCCGUGCAUUUGGAUUUUUUCUCAAAAUCAGAUCCUUGAAGCAAUAAUUUCCUUGAAGCAAAUUGCUAGAGUCCUAUCUUUAUCUCCGUCGCCAUUUCCUUAACGUCGCCAUUUCGAGAACAGCGGCUCUGAUGGUGCAAUCCGGCAGCAACAACGGCGAAGGUCCCAGCUCCAUUAGUCCUACGGCGACCAUCGUCGAUUGUGGGGCCAACCCAUCAAUCAAAUACCCCACGACCAUUAUGUGCGUGACUUUGUUGCCAUUUAGUGAGUAGGAGUAUCUUUUUAUCUUUGGAAAUCAUUCACUACUUCAUGCACUGUUAAUUGUCAGUGGCCCGAGGAAAAAUCUGAUGAGAUCUCUCUUUCCUCCUUCGGCGCAGCUUCGUCUGCCUUUUUUUUGGCCAGUUGCACUGCUCCUUCAUAUUUGUCUUCUUCCUCCUCGAGAGGAAUCAAGAGAGGCGUGAAUAUGUAGCCGACCCUACUUCUUUCUCUUCAAUGUCGCUUGGGAGUGAUCCAGUAUUGCGGCAGUUGUGAAAGUAGCAGAAGUUCUUGCAGCGGUCGGCAGCAGAUUUGAGCAGCAGCGGCUGCGAGUUUGAGUAGUGGCGGUGAGUCUGAGCAGCAGCAGCGAAUCUGAGAAGCGGCGGCGAUCAACUUCCUCUAUUUGCACCGAAGUGAUGGAAUUGGGCGGCUUCAGCGAUCUCUGGCGGUUGUAACGUGGAUUGCAGCGGUGGUGGCUCUCGUCAUUACGGCAAAGGUGGCUUCGAGAGAUCGAGGACGCAGGUAAAUGAUGGGGUCGCCAGAAACCAAGUGUGGAUGCUGGAUGACACAUUGACGAUCCUCCUCUAAACGCCAGUGAGCUCUACCGUGUCGAUCAUCUUCUCAAGUAGUAAUUUCAUCAAUAGGAAAUGGCCCAAAUGAUUUGUCGCAAAUGUCAUCUAGAUUCCCUCCUCGAAGUCAAAGAACUUAGAGCGAGAGGCAUGACUAAGAUUUCCGCCUCCGGCGACUCAGCCAAGAUCCGAAACCUCGUCUCCUCCGCCGCCUUAAUGUUCUGGGCCGGCAGUAUAAGCCGCACCCUCCUGCGUCGUCUCUGCUCCAAUCCACGAUGUCGGUCCUUUGGCGAUGGCGGUGAGGAAAUCCCAAUUGGUUCUGAGUUCUCCCUUCUUCCUCAACUAUGGUGACAUGAUAUCUUUCUGAAAUAGCGGCCGCCGAUCGGACUAGCAGGGAUUGGUGGUUUGGGUCACGACCAUGGCUCUGACGGCACAUUUAGUGGCGGCCGUGACCACUCCAGCGGUGGCGAGCUUAAUUUUUGGUGGAGAACUCUAGGAAUGGCCGUGCGAAGGAAAUCAUGGCCUCCUCCCUCUUCAUUUCUCUUGUGCGACAUUCUUGUGGUGGGGAUGGAAUAUCAAAAUAGGGACUCCCCUAUUUUUUUUCUUUUUGCUGUCAUCGGCCGAGAAUGACCAAAUCCACUUGAAUUUGGGGUUUUUUU